AUGACUCAACUAAAUGAACAACUUCGAAUUAUUGCUCAACCCAAGGCACUCUAUCGUGAACGAUAUGGUAGUGAACAUUUUAAAACUGGAAAUCGAGUGCAACGUUACAUUCGUGCUGAAGAUAAUCAGCUGAACUUCGAAUAUCCAACGAUAGAGAUACGGCGAGAGUGGAGUGAUGCGGCUCUACCUCAAUACAUUCGGGUAGCUUCCGUCACUGUGCCAACUGAUAUGGAAUCCAUCGUAUGUGUGCAUCCAUAUCCAAUUUAUCCUGAUGAUUUUAGUAUUUAUAAAGACGCUGAUAACAAUGCCGUAUAUUUUCCGAUCACAAACGCCGAUUUUACAAACGGACGAAAAAGUUUCCUCCUUACGCGGAAAAAGUUGCUACAGAGUGCACUCAAAUUACACGGUCCCUUACGAAUUGUCGGCUCUGGUCAAAGUCAUAUUCUUGGUAUCAUCAAAAAAUCCCGCAGCAAACAUCUAAUUGAAACAUAUAAGUUGUGGAAAUCGCAACUUCUUUUUUCUCGAGUCGAACGCGUCAGUGAUGGUAUAUUUAAUCUAUGUACAAAUUCUUCUGUAUUAUCACAAGUGAUGUCUGACGAAACCAAUCAGCAACAUAAAGAUACUGUUGUUCCGGUCGUCAUGCCAAGCGAUCAUAUUGAAAAUUGCGGUAUGUGUGUACCAGACAAGGGUAACUCGGCAGGUGGCGAUACGAUUUUGAUGGUGCUUAAUACACUGAAUCGGGACAAUCGAAUUUUACUCAACAUCAUUUUCAUUAUAACUUUUAUCUUUCGAGCGAAACAAGUAUUUCAUGUACAGAGUCAUGCACUUUUCUUGAGCUGUAUGGCUCAAAUAUCACUUGCUAUUUUUCGAGGACCUUUAAGACUUUAUUUCUACCGUUAUAAUGGUUGUUUACCUGUAGCUGGUACUCCAUUAUGCCAAUUUAAUGUUUAUCUUAUCUACAUUCCAACUCAAAUCAAUAAUUUUCUUGUUGUUCAACUUUCCAUUGAACGUUUGUUGCUUGUUGUCAAACCUUUGAUAUUUCAUCAAGCUCGUCAUCAGAACUGUUCUCGGGCUAUUUUUAUUCACUAUAUCGGUCUCUUCGUAGCUAUUGUCUUUCCCUGUUUUUAUUAUCCGAUUAUUAUGCAGCAUGGAGCAGCGACAAUUGAUCUUAACAAUCCUUCGAUAACUCAAACAUAUGAUCUCUGGUAUUCACAAGAGAUUUAUGAAUUAUUUGAUUUACUAAUUACAUUUGUCCCAUAUUUUCUUAUUUUAAUUAGCUGUCUACCCUUCAUUGGUCUUGUUUUAUAUCGCAAAUAUGCUCUAGGUUAUCGGCAAGGCAGACAAGUUGGUACACGAAAUCAUCAUCGCCUUCUUUUUUCUCUUCAUUUAUUUCUGUUUUGGUUUCUUUUAACAUGGUCACCUAGGAUUCUUUAUAACUUCUUUCAAACUAUCUUGAACCUAACCUAUUCUGUUUUUAUUGACGCAAUUACUACAUUCAUUGUCUACCUGAAUUAUACUUUUAGUUCAACAAUUGUUCUAAUCACAUUCGAAGAAAUGCGCCAGUUUUGUUUUGUUAAGUUUGGUUUUCAACGGAUACUUUCUUUAUUUCAAAACCGUAUUGAACCAGGUCAGCCUGUUCGUUAUGUGGCAAGAAAUCAACAUAUAAUUCAUGCUCUAUAG